AUGGACAAAUCUGAAUAUGCUCAUGAUUCGUUUGCAAGCGGUUCUGGAAACUUGCCUUUGUCAAUUGACGAAUAUUCUACACAUUACCCGCCAAGCGGCAACACAACCACCUUUAGUAACAACCACGAAAGUUAUGCUACUUACUCAUCAACUGACAGAUCCCCAGAAACUAUUCCCACUCUAUUCGGCCACCUUCACCAACAAUUUCAGUUUCAAUCCCCUGCCGCUAUCGAAGUCGACAAACUCAAGGACAAUCUCUACAGAACUAGAAGUUGGAAAAAGUCACCACCCGACGAGUUCCGUCCUCAACAACCUUCCACAAAAUGUCAAUUCCCCUCUGCCAUCUCUUCUCGAUCAGCGCCUUUCUACCACAGUGACAGAUGGCCAAACGAUAGCUCCGAUAGCUAUCGUUCACUCCAAACACGAGCAAAGAGGAAUAGCAGUGGUGAUGCCGCUUCAGCAAGCCCCAACUACGACUUCUCCGAAGAAGAGGACAUGAAAAUGAAAGAUGAAAAGUCGCUCAAGAGACUUCGCAUUUACGAUACCUACAUAUCUGGCGGUCACAAAAGAAGGGCAGCCAGCCCCAACGACGAGCACAUGUCCUGGCGGCGCGAGUCGAGCUCCUAUGAUUCUCCCCAAGAUCAUUUCGCAUCUCCUCCACGGCCCAACUCAUACCCUUCGACCAUGUCAACGUCGAUGCACCCAACCAGCAUUACAACUGCUAAUUCUUCGGCUCAAUGCUUGCUCGUGGGCCCAUCUCCAGCCCCUAUCUCACACAGCUCCUGGAAUUCGCCUGACACAGCUACCGUAUCCGCCGAUCUAAACCUUCCAACCUCCAUUUCCAACCAGGGAUUGAUUCACCCUAGAAACAUAUCGAGCACAAGCACAUUUAAAAUUACUGAAGCGCAGGAGCUUAGAGAAACUAAGUUGCAAGGCCUUUUCGUGUGCGAGUGUUGCCCCAGGAAGCCCAAGAGGUUCGGGACGCUUGCGGAACUUAUCGCUCAUAAGGCCGUCCUACUACUGGAGAAGACGGGUGACAAUCAAGAUAACGUAGAAAGAAACUACAAAGCUCACCUUCCUUCAACUCAACAGCUAUACCCCGAACAGACUCCCCCAGGCCUACCCGAACGAAGAGCAGAAGAGAAUGAGGAGGCUCCCACAAGAGCUAGCCCAAGUGUAGAGAGCGACUCGAAAUUCAACAAACAACCAAAGCCUCAAACAAGACCGCCAGACUCCGAGCGACGAACUCGGAGCUUUACACGGUCUUCUGAUGCUGCUGGUGGUACCGGCUCAAUUAGCCCCAGAAAAGAUGAAUCAGCACAGAGUCAAUCACGCGAACCGGUUACGCCCGAUGAUUUCCAGAAUGUAGACAAGAUUUGUCCCUUCUUGCUAUAUAAGCCAAGUCUCAUUCUACCUGGUUGGAAAGCAUGCUUUGGACUGAAAAAAGAAAUAUCUCAUAUUGUUGCGCAUGUCGCCAAUAAUCAUGGCCUCAUUCGUGGAAUACAUCCCAACUACGGCUCCCGUAGCUGGGGAUACCUGGCGAGUUGUGAUAGUUGCGACAACUUCAGCAACAAGGGAGGGGACUGCAGGAAAUGCUGCUCAUUGCUUACAUGGGGAGACGAUGAUUUUAACCAGAGCCACCAUGGUGUGGUCCUUUGCUUGCGAUGUUAUGCCAAAUUUGACAAGAAGGAUAUGAAGAACCAUAUGACUGGUCUGCCAUGCCGUGGCAACAUGGACAUACCAAAGAAGGAGAAGUUACACAUUCUGUACACCACCUUUUGUUCAGAUGCCGAAAAGCCCACUACUAUAUUUACCAACCCAAGCCCUCGAACCUCCACGUCCGAUCAAGGAUCAAUUUGCUCUAGGGACAUAUCGGGCACAAGCACAUUUAAGAUUACCGAAGUGCAGGAGCCUGGCGAAACUAAGGUGCAAGACUCCUUCGUGUGCGAGUGUUGCCCCAAGAAGCCCGAGAGGUUCGAGACGCUUGAGGAACUCAACACUCACAAAGCUGAAAAGCCGUACAAAUGUGCAUUCUGCAGAAACUAUUUCAAGAACCAAGGCGAUGUAGAACGACACAAGAAAUCGACGCAUGGACGCCUCAGCUCAUGGUCCUGCUCAGCUCUCUCCGGAUACGAGAGCGCUUCUCACGAAUCUACUGACAGGCCUGGCCAAGCUGACACCUGCGGCUACUGUGGCGAUGAAUUCCCACGAUCGGGAUGUGGCCCUGAUAUAGGUGUCUCUAUUAGUGGCAAUGUGCCUCAAACAGUCACGGAUCACGACAGGGGAGAGCGCCUCAGACAUCUGGAAGAAGUACAUAAUUUCAGAAAAUGCAAAUCCUCCGCGAAGUUCCCUCGAGCGGAUAAUUUCAGAGAGCACCUCAAGCGUAUCCACGCAGGGACAAGUGGAAAAUGGAUUAACGUGCUUAUAAAUUCCCAAUCCUCAUGUCCUCUCGACGGCAGGAUUGUGAAGUGCGAGGACUAUAUCAGUACUCCUAUGAAGCCUCUUCUCCCCUUCAAUGCUGUUGAGAUUGCUUUACAACUUACUACGCUACCAACUCUCCUGUAG